AACAUUUUAAGUCUCUUCAAGCGUCUUCUACUUCAUUUUCUCUCUCAUAUCCAUCACCAAUUGCUUUUUGUUGCAUGCUUUCUUUUUUUGAAGAUAACCCAUCAACUUUUCUUCCUCAUUUUUAUUUCCUGUUAAUGGCAGUCUGUCUCUUCUGAUAAGUUUCAAAGCCUCCAUCUUCUUGUUUUGAGUGUGGGUUUUCUAGGUUUUCUCUUUUGGAUUUUUUAAAAAUAUAGAAGUGUUUAAAAUCCUAAUGAUUUUUUCUUGGUGGGCCGGUCGAGUUUGGUAAAGUAGAGGUCUUGUUUCGAUUUGUUGUAUAUAGUAUAUAUUUUCUGGUAUCUGAUCUGACAGAGCUAUGGGGAAUCAUACGAGCAAGAAGACAUCUGAAACAUCAUCAGCUAUCAAUCUUAGCAACAAUUUGCAGUACACAACUGAAUUGAGUUCUUAUGAAGCUGCUUGCAAGAUAGACACAGACUUGCAGAACUUUGACACUAAUGUCCAAGCUCGAACCAAUCAAGUCAUCAACACUCUGGCAGUUGGUGUUGAAGUCCGAGCACUUUCAUUUGAUUCACUAAAAGAGGUAACAGAAUGUCUUCUGCAGAUGAAUCAAGAGGUUGUUAAAGUUAUCUUAGAAUGCAAGAAAGAUAUAUGGAAGAGUCAAGAAUUGUUUGAGCUUGUCAAAGAGUAUUUUGAGAAUAGCUUGCAAACUCUUGAUUUUUGUUCUGCGUUAGAGAAGUGUUUGAAGCGUGCUCGUGAUAGCCAAUUGCUUAUUCUUGUUGCCUUGCAACAAUUCGAAGAAGAAAGUGAGAUUGGUGGGAGUAGGUAUGUGAGGACAUUGGAAGAGUUGAAGAAUUUCAAGGCAGCUGGUGAUCCUUUCACCGAGGAAUUCUUUCAAAUCUUUCAAUCUGUUUAUAGGCAACAAGUAGCAAUGCUCGAGAAAUUGCAACUUCGAAAGAACAAGCUUGACAAGAAGCUCAAGUACAUUCAUGCUUGGCGUAAGGUAUCAAGUAUGAUAUUUGUUGCUACAUUUGCUGCUGUGUUGAUAUGUUCAGUUGUGGCAGCAGCUAUGGCUGCCCCUCCAGUUGCUGCAGCUCUUGCUGCUGCAACUGCUAUUCCAUUAGGUUCAAUGGGGAAGUGGAUUGAUUCUCUCUGGAAAAACUAUGAAAACGCAUUGAAAGGACAGAAGGAAGUGAUUAGCUCAAUGCAAGCAGGAACUUAUGUGGCCAUUAGAGAUUUGGAUAACAUCCGGAUUCUCAUUGAUAAAUUGGAGAUUGAAAUUGAAGCCCUCUUGCAAAAUGCAGAUUUUGCAAUAGAGGAAGAAGCUGUGAAGAUUGGGAUAGAUGAAAUCAAAAAGAAGCUGGGAGUGUUUAUGAAGAAUGUGGAGGAUUUGGGGCAACAAGCUGAUACUUGUAGCCGGGAUAUUAGGAGAGCAAGGACCGUGGUUCUGCAAAGGAUCAUAAAACACCCCAACAACUGAAAUAUUGAGCUAGUCACUGUUGUUAAAUCCUGGAAAUUUACCUGCUCCAUUCGCUGCUGACGAUGUUGACCACAACAGAAACGAUGAUGCUGAUGAAAUUGAUUGAUUUCCAACAUUCUAUUUUCUACACUACAUUUUUUUUUUCAGGUUAAUGUUCUAAGAAAAUAAUUGAAGACUGGUAUUGACUUCAAUCCCUUUAUUUAUAUGUUUAGGUCACAGAUAUUGUUAUUUUUCCAUUUUCGAAAUGUUCUUUUAUUCUAUGUAAUUAUUGAAUUUUUCAGCUGUAGAUUACACAUUUUUAUGUCAAAGGCCUGUUUCAAGCUUUCAUGCUGCUAAAACAGAUAAACUUGCCAUCUCUGGUAUGUUUUGUGAUACGAAAAUGGAAAUAGAGAUCGAGGAAAGGCUGCUGUUUACCAUUC